AUGUUGGCGAGCGGCGGCGGCGGCGGCGGCGGCGGCUCCUCGGGACCCGGACGGGACGCGCUCCCGCCGCCGCCGCCCGCCUCGCCCCGACGUGGGGGGCCGCCCCGGGGCAGCCCCCCCGCGCGCGCUCCCGCGCGCCGCGCGCCCCCCCGCGCGCCUCCGCCCGCCGCGCGCCCCGUGUCCGGCUCAGCGCCCCGCAGCCUGGUGCCCGCCCCGCCUCCUGCGCGCGCCGCUCGCAGCCCCGCGCACGCGCCGCCGCCCCCGCCCCUUCCAGUGGCCACGGGGGACUUCCUCUCCUCCUCCUCUCUCUUCUCCCGACUUCCCGCCCGCCGCUCCCGCCGCUCUCACGCCCCCUCUCCCCUGGGACCUCUGCGAGCCCGGGGCGCCCCGGACCCGACGCCUACCACCCAAGGGAGGUCUCUGUGCCCCGGAGACGUCAGUUCUCAAACUGGACAGUGUCCAUCAGCAUCCUCCAGGAGGUCUGGGGUGGCCCCAGAAAUGCAUGUGCCCACCUGUCCCGCCCAGGUGCUGCUGAAGCCGUGGUCCCGGUCACCCUUGAACAGCGCUCCGCAGACCGGCCCCUAA